AUGCCGCCGAUGACUAUGCCUCCAAUGACAAUGCCCCCGAUGACAAUGCCUCCAAUGACUAUGCCUCCAGUCACGCCACCUAUCGCACCAACAUUUUCUUCUGUCAACUGUUUUUGCGUCUACACUUGGCAGUGUGACGCAAAUGGUUACAUAAUAUUUGAUGGAUCUGGAUUAAUUAAUCCCAGACAAACCUAUUAUCCUGUUUGUUCCAUACCAAAUCAAAUUUGCUGCAGGGUCAAUCCUUACUCUCAAAUCCAACAGCCAGUCACAUAUUAUCCAACAGUCUCAGUCACAUAUUAUCCACCAAUCUUAUAUCCAACAUUGAAUCCAUACCCUUCAAUCGAUCCGCGACCCUUUUCACCACCAACGACUCUGCCAACUCUACCCCCGGUCCCGACAACUUUCCCCAAUUUUUCGCCAGGACAAACAUGCAUUUGCAUUCUUAUCGUCCAGUGCAACAUUUUUGGCUACAUCCCUAUCAACAGCCCAGGAAGCAUUGACCCUCGAUACACCAUGGGGUCACUGCGUGAAAUAGGAAGCUCCUGUUCCAACCCUUCGCAAAUGUGCUGCAGGAUUAUCUUUUCAGCUUCUCAAGUUCUUCCAACUACUAAUGUUCAAGGUCAGGAUGUGAAAUAUCUAGGAACUUCGAAGGCUUGUAUUUGUGUGAAAAGCUGGACUUGUCCAAGUGAGAAUGUUGUCUAUCCCGAUGAAUUUGGUAACAUAGAUCAUAGACUUGGAGCUUGCCCGAUUGAAGAUGAGGCUUGCUGCAGACUAAGCAAUGCUAAUGUAGUUUCGUCUACUUCUACUAAUGUUGCUCUUGAUAUUACUCUACUAAGGCCGAAUAAUAUCAAUUCAGAAACAGUAUGUGGUUUGACGUCGCAGACAUUUGCUCCAGCUCAACCCUACCCAGCCAUUUCCGGAAACACCUAUUUUGCAGAGUUUCCAUGGAUGGUUGCUUUAUUGCUUCGAAUUCCUGGUCAGAAUGAUGCUUUUCUUUGUGGUGCAUCUAUGAUUAAUUCCAGGGCGGUUCUUACAGCUGGGCAUUGCGUCGAGAAUCGAGAAAUCAACACUUUGGUAGCUCGGUUUGGCGAAUGGGAUACCAAUACGACCAAUGAACCACUGCCCCUACAAGAAGCAAAAAUUCAAACUCUAGUUAGGCAUCCUCAGUACUACAAUGGUGCAUUAUAUCACGAUUUGGCGAUUCUAAUUUUGCAAGCACCUGUCACCUACUCAAUAAAUGUCAUGCCAGUUUGUUUACCACAACAAGGGAAAGUUUUUGCUGCAGGAACUAGAUGCUAUGCCACUGGAUGGGGACGUAGUGCAUUUGGUGCGGGAGGACAGUAUCAGAGCGUUCUGAGGAAAAUCGAUCUACCAUUGAUCGAUCAUGAAGAUUGUCAAAAUCGUUUGAGGAAAACAAGAUUAGGACAGUAUUUUCAACUUCAUGGAAGUUUUGUUUGUGCUGGAGGAGAAGAAAGCAGAGACACUUGUCGAGGAGACGGAGGAGGUCCUUUGGUUUGUUUAACUUCCACUGGGCAAUAUGUGCAGGUGGGAAUAGUGUCCUGGGGUAUCGGAUGUGGCACAUCAAAUCCUGCAGUCUAUGCGAGUGUCGCUCAACACAGAUUGUGGAUUGAUCAACAACUCGCUAAUUAUGGAGUUUUCACUUCAGCUUUAUUCAUUGUCAGUCUGUGUUUAGCAGCUCCUCAACAAAAUUCAGGAGGAGACUUGAGUGGGUUGGUGGACCAGGUAUUCAACCAAGGGAAGCCCUCCCAAACUCCAACAAACGCCGCAAAAUCCGAAGACGAUGCCAAUCUAGACGCCCUCAUCUCCAGUGUUUUUAAUCCUGACGCAACUCAAGGAAGUAGUUCACCCAGUACAAUUCUUGGCACUGACAAUCAAAAAAACAAUAAGCCAUCGGAUUGCGAAUGUGUCCCAUAUUAUCAGUGCCAGAAUAACAGCAUCUUGGACAACGGCAUCGGACUCAUUGAUAUCAGGUCCAGUUUUCCUGGUACUAUUUCUAGUACUAAUACUCGUUCCAACGGAAUUCAGGGAGUCUGUGACGCUUACUUGGACAUUUGCUGCAAGCCUCCAGAUGUUAUUUCAAACCCAGAUGAGAAAAUCACUCCCCCACCAACAGUUCGUAAGGGAUGUGGGCAAAGAAAUCCAGAGGGUGUUGGAUUCAGGAUAACUGGACAAAGAGAUAAUGAAGCUCAGUUUGGGGAAUUCCCGUGGAUGGUGGCUAUUUUGCGUGAAGAAGAUAUUGGCAGCAAUGGUCAAAAAUUAAAUGUUUAUCAAUGUGGAGGUGCUCUUAUUCACAGACAGGCUGUACUUACUGCUGCUCAUUGCGUCAAUGGAAAAGAAGCAAGUUCACUGAAAGUCCGAGCUGGUGAAUGGGAUACACAAACGAAGAACGAAAUAUACCCUCAUCAAGACAGAGAUGUGCAGGCUGUAGUCGUUCAUGAAAAAUUCCAUUCAGGAGCCCUUUACAACGAUCUGGCUAUUCUGAUUCUUAAAACACCAGUGGAUCCUGCUGAAAAUGUGGAUGUAGUCUGUCUUCCAGAUGAAGGUGCCCGAUUUGACGGUUCUCGUUGUUUUGCCAGUGGAUGGGGAAAAGACGUUUUUGGAAAAGAAGGACAAUACCAGGUCAUCUUGAAAAGAGUGGAACUACCAAUAGUCCCGCAUAAUUCUUGCCAGAAUUCUCUUCGGCAAACAAGACUCGGAAAAUACUUUGCUUUGGACAAUUCGUUCAUAUGUGCUGGUGGAGAACCUGGCAAAGAUACUUGCAAGGGUGAUGGGGGAAGUCCUUUAGUUUGUCCAUUGGUAAAUGAUCCAGCCCGGUACGUGCAAGCAGGAAUUGUCGCCUGGGGAAUUGGUUGCGGUGAAAAUCAAACACCCGGUGUUUACGCAAAUGUUGCUGGAGCUCGUCACUGGAUUGACGAACAAAUUGUUUACUAUAAUCUCGACCGAUCCGUCUACGAAUAUCGUGCUUAAAAAAUGUCUUAUUAAUUAAUGUUAGUUUGAGCUCAUUUUAGCUCACUUUUAAUAUGUAGAUAUUUCACGAAUCUAAUAAUCAGCCAAUUUCAAUUUAGUACCAGGUUUAACAUAAAAUUGCCUUUAUUUAAAUGAUGAAGUCUGUUUCUAAUCGAUAUUUUUUUCAGAAGUAGUUAUUUUAAGACGCUCUACUUAAAUGUCUUUCUUUCGUAACUUCAUCGGCUUUUAAAACAGUUAAUGUUUGUUGUUACUGAUAGUUUUCAUUACAAUUAACAACACCUUCGACCAUUUUAACGUUAUUAAUAUUUAAGUUUUUGUACGUUUCAUAAGUGAUUGCGAAGAAUAUCAACUAUGUAAAUUGUGCAGUUUAGAACGGAUGUUCUUUUUGCUUGUAUGCGUGUAAAUAAAGAAUUCAUUUGUAUUUAAACAA